AUGAGUAUGAAUGCCGCUGCUGUGGAUUGUGCCGAUGUUCCAUGUUGGACUUGUCGUCGCCAGCGCCUGAAGUGCGAUCGAGCCCUCCCGCACUGUGGCAAAUGCACAUCUUCGCAGCGACCCUGUCUGGGAUACAGCAAAGACAAGCCUCUGCGAUGGACCGACAGUGUGGCAAGCCGCGGCAAAUUGACGGGCAAGAAACUGCCACGUCGAGAGCAACACCUCUCACUCAGCAGAGUGCUGAAUGACCCCGGCUUGCAGGAUUUGUCGCCGUCAAUGCGAGACUAUAUUGCUUAUUUUGAGCAACAGUGUUGUCAGGAGUGGGUGCUAUAUGAUUUCGAGGGCGCAAAUCUGUUCAAGGAGUCCAUCCGAUUCAUUCCCUCCUGUCCGGCAUUGUGCCACGCGGUGGUGUCCGUGGCAGCUCUCCAUCUAACCCUCCGAAUUGCAUCGGCUCAAUGCAAAGAAGGAACGAUGGCAUACAAGCCAAAUCAGCAUGAGGUACAAGUAUCACAAUCGUACCAGAUCCCAGCAUAUCACGAUUCUCUCUACCACAAACAGCGAACUCUCAGGUUCUUGAGAAGCGAAGGAUAUGCGGGAUACUCCUGUAAUCCGGACGGUGUCGUUGCAUCCAUGAUAAUGUCCAUAUGGUUUGAGCUCAUGGAUUCGGGACGAGAUACCUGGCGAUACCAUCUUCGUGGACUGAGAGAAGUGAUGCCAAAGCGCACCUUAUCCCUCGCGCCCUCUAGGGAGGGAGCACCGGCCGCCGACUUGCCUCAAAUGGCCGAAUCUUUUGACACAAGCUACGCCGUUUUGCAAAUCAUAGGGUCGACGUUUGUGAAAACCAAACAGCCUUGGCAGCCGCUCUUCUCGAGGUCCCCUACUUUCGACAUCUUGAAGCGCUGUGAGUCCCAGACAUGGACCGGGUGCCCUUGGCCUCUUCUCUACGUGAUCUCCCUCGCGAAUGCGGCUGCUUCAAGAUCUCACGAAACGCCACCGGAUUUAUUGGCCCACAUUUUCUCCCAUCUGCACAACUUCUCUCCGAUGCAUUGGGCAGUUGCGGAUGCGGAAACCCACCACAUGACAUGA